UUGGGUUUUGUUUGGAAGACAGAGAAGAUGUCGACUGUCGCAAACUGUUAUCAGUUUUUGCAAGCGAAUUUAGCUGUAAUUUAUUUUAUUUUUCCUCACUUUUCCAAGAAUAGAAAAGAAGACAAACGCAUUUAGCUUUUCAUAUAUUUUAGUAGCGAGGUGGAGAGUAGAAAGAAAAGGAGGAAGAUUCGGUCAUCUCUUCCUCUGUUCCUUUGUCCAAAAUAACAGAAGUACCCGCCUUUUCAUUUUCCGUUCACCUUCCCAACUCAACUCUUCAAACUUCAAACUCCUCCUUUCAGUCCUCUUCUCCCCUAUAAAAAUACCCAACCCCUCCCUCACCCCCCCCCCCCCCUAGCUUCCUUCCUUAACUCUACAGACACCUCUUCUUCUCCGCUUUGCAGCUUCCACCUUCUAGCCAGAGGUUAUGCUAAUCAUGGUGGGUAGGAAAAAUAUUGUCCGAGAUGAUGCGGUCAUGUAAAGCAAUAGGCCUAUAAAUGAUCGUGUCUAGAAGAUUGAUGGGGUGUGGGUGAAAGCCAGGAAGUUAUGACUAUUCCUAGCCAAUAAACUCCUCAAACAUGAUGAAAGUGGGCCUGGACUAAGAUUUUAGUACUAGCUGCAGAUUCUACCUGGAAGCUAGGAGGCAAUUGUGAAGAAUAUUCAAUUUUUCCCUUUGAUGCCAGCAAUCUUGCUGGCAACCAUAUUUUGACAUUAUGAGUCACCAGAGUAGAUUCAAUCCUUGUAAAACCCUAGAGAGUGUGCAUGGCAUCCGUGUUGCCCAGCAUUCUCCAUUUGCUUUGAAACAGAUUGAUCAACAGGGGGCAUUCCCCCAAUCAACUAGUGAAAGUUCAGGCAAAGGACUGGAUCAGCAGCUGUUGAUGCGGAGAGUAUGGCAGCAAAGACCAGGAUGUUUGAGGCCUAUCCAGGGCUGCAUUCAUGGUGAUCAGCAUCUUGCAGAAACAGUUGCCAAUGUGAUUACCUCUCUUCCUUUUAUUGUUCUUGGUAUCCAGGCUCCAAGGAAGAACUUGAAUACUAAGUUGUAUGCCAACUCGUUAAUCGGAGUUGGAGUUGUCUCAAGUUUGUAUCAUUCUUCAAGAGGAAAGCUGAGGAAGUACUUGAGAUGGUUUGACUAUACAAUGAUAGCCACAGCGACAGUAUGUUUGUCAAGGGCCCUAAGAAAUGAGAACUCAAAGUAUUUGACGGCUGCAUCUGCAGCAUUAUUGCCCAUCCAGCCUCUGAUGGUCUCUGCUAUUCAUACAGGGAUGAUGGAGGUAGCAUUUGCAAAAAGAGCAUUAAAAGAUCCGGAUCUAAGGAUGGCACAUAAUUUGCAUAAGAUGUCAUUGUUGUUGGGGGGUGUUCUUUUCGUUGCUGAUGAUUGCCUUCCUGGUACUCCUUUUCUUCAUGCUGGUUGGCAUCUUGCUGCAGCUACUGGUGUCGGCACCUGUAACAAGCUUCUUGAGUAGUGUAUAUAUCUCAGAUCAGUUUCUUAUGAUUCAUUUAUCCACUGGGAUGCAGUCUCUCCUCAAACCCCAGGACGACUAUAAUUUUUUAUUUUUGGUAAUAGCUCUGUCUUUCUUCAACCAGGUAAGGAGAGGAAGGGAGGAAGGGAUAGAUUUGCUCUUUUCCGUGAGUAGCAGCUCGACUGUCCAACUAUGGUUGGGUUUCAUAAUUUCUUUCCAUCUGGAUAUCAUGUAGCCAUUCCUAGCGUCUAUAACGAAAUGCAUUUAUAUUCAGCACAAAAUCUAUUUAUCUGAUAUACUAAUUAUAUAUUUGUAGCAUUUUAUGUCUGUAUAUCACAAUCAGGCAGCAUUAUGAAAGAGAAUUAUUUCAUCUACUUUAAAUCAAAUGUAGAACCAAGCUCUCAAUUACUAUAAUUUUGCACUGAACUAGAAAAGAAUGCCAUGUAGCUCUUUUCUUAAUGACCAAUAAUUGAUCGCAUGUCUGGUCUCACGUUAGCUUGAUCCGUACUUUUGAUUUGAUUAUGAAAGUAUGCUUAUCCAAGAUGGUCAUAUUUCUUGUAA